CUCUCACAUCGUGACCACCAUGAUCGCGACUGCCGUCGCCCCCCUCGCCUUCCUCCUCGUCACCCCGCAUAGCCCUGCUCUCUUCGCGCAGGAGUCAUGCCUCACCACAUCAUACCACGGGCAGUUCGGUCACGACAGCGUCUUCCUUGUCAGCGAUGACUGCCUUGCCUGGGCAGGUGACUUCCUCGAGGGCGGGAGCGUGGUACCGCUCGAGGACAUGCAGGGCCAGCAGCUCGUCUGGCUGGAGCACAAGGCGGUCGAUGAGUCACUCGUAGGCUCAUCCCUCGAUGAGAUAACGCAGUUCAUCGCUGGAUUGCAGCAUGCGACUCCGGAGGCCGCUAUCGUAUCGGGCGCGCAGCAGCAGCACGUCUUGACCAACGAGCGCCCCGCCUUACUCGCCGUACCCUCGUCGCUCGCGCACACCAUCGACGCUCACCUCCCACGCUUCUGGAAGGCGACGCCAAUCCCUUCUGCACCCGUCUCCUAUGUGCCUGUCCCUGCGGACGCACGCGCGCGCGUGCGUGAGCUGCUUGCGUCUAUCGCGUUUGACCCCGUAGUCGCGUCGGUCGUCGGCAACAUCUCUGUUCCGGUCAUGCAAGCAGACGUACGCUAUCUCACGGGUGAGGACCCCAAAUCCGGGCUCGUCUCGCGCCACUCGUUUUCGCAGGGCGCAUUGGAUGCGGCCGACUGGCUGAAGGAGCAAUUCGAGAGCACUGGCGCGACGUGCGAGCUCAAGCCGUUCCUAGAUGGCUUCGCGCCGAACGUCAUCUGUGCGUACGAAGCGACGGAGGACACGACCGAAACCCUGCUCCUCAGUGCGCACUACGACAGCCGCGGGUCGUUCGGCAGCACGCGUGCGCCCGGCGGAGACGACGACGGAUCGGGGACGACGGCCCUUCUCGCGAUCGCCCGCACGAUCGCCCGUAAGGGCAUCACGUUCCGCAAGAACGUGCAGCUGUGCGCGUUUGCGGGUGAAGAGCAGGGUCUGCUAGGAUCUAAAGCAUACGCUCGCGAGAUGCGUGAGAAGGACGCGGAUCUGACGCUAAUGAUCCAGGCAGACAUGCUCGCAUACCAUGCUGCCGGCGAGCCCCCGCAGCUAGGCCUCCCUAAGUACAUCGGCACGACUGAGGUGGCCGAGCUCGUGUCCAACCUGUCCGCUAUCUACAGCCCCGAGCUGAUGGUCGGCUUCACAUCGGCGUGCUGUAGCGACCAUCAAAGCUUCCACGAGCAGGGCUUCCCUGCAACCCAGAUCUUUGAGCGCGCAGGUCCCGUCGCGGAUCCUAUGUACCAUAAUAGCGGCGAUCUGAGCGACCGCCCUGGAUAUGACUUUGAGCAGCUCAGGUCAAUCGCGAAGGUUCAGUUUGCAACAUUACUGCACGCAGCGGGCUUCGAUCUCCCAGAAUAGACGGAUCAUCGCAUUGCAAUUUAUGCUGCUUUCGGGCAUACAUUUGUUUAGAUAUAGUGGAAGGAAUGGACUCGGUCUCAAUUGUAUAGCUAUCUUGGUUCAUUUGUCUCCACGCCUUGGAUCUAACGAAAGUGACGACUUUACGCCUUCCUGUUCU